AUGUUCGCUCUGAGGGUGAUGGGCGGUCCAGACGGCGACAUGUUUAACUACUACAAAAUGCUGAUGCUUCAGGGUCUGAUCGCAGCUAGGAAGCACAUGGACAGAGUUCUGCAGAUUGUGGAGAUCAUGCAGCAGGGAUCCCAGCUGCCCUGUUUCCACGGCUCCAGCACCAUGCGAGGCCUGAAGGAGCGUUUCCACAUGAGUCUGACAGAGGAGCAGCUUCAGCUGCUGAUCGACCAGCUGGUGGACGGAUCCAUGAGGUCUCUGACCACCAAACUGUACGACGGCUUCCAGUACCUCACCAACGGCAUCAUGUGACCCGCGGACCCCUGACGUCUUCUUUUCUUCACGUUUUCUCUCAUCUUCUCUGGAAGAUUUCUGUUUGGAGUCUUUCCUCCUCUUUUUCCAUAUUUGUGCAAACAGCUCUCAUUGGCUGCUCAGCAGGACUUUUGGCCAAUCAGGGAGCAGCUCAGUUUUAGUUUGGACUCAUAGGUGUUUCCA